GUGGGAUGCAGAGCUUUGGAGGGUGUCCCCGCACCAGCUGUCACCCUGCCACCCAUGUGUUGCUGGCCUCCAGGGCUGACACCAGACAGCAUGCUCCUGAAGGCAUCCCUGCUUCUGGGGCUCAUUGUGCUGAUGCCUCAUGUUUGCAGUCCCAGCUUUGUGGACAUUAGUAGGAGAUCAAAUUACUUCACCCUGUGUGUUGAGUUUGCAGUAUUUCAUUUCAACCAAGUCUACCCAGAUGAGUAUGCAUAUAAGCUGCUGUGGGUGCGGCGAAGCCAGCACAAGAAGUUUACCAUGAUAUAUUUAAUGGAAUUGGAGUUGGGACAAACCAUUUGUGCAAAACAGGAUGAAGAUCUGGACAACUGCCCCUUGCAAGAAGGCCCACGAGAGAAAAAGGUGGACUGCACCUUUAUUGUGGAUGUCAGACCAUGGUUUUCCCAGUUCUCCCUCCUGAACAGUACCUGUGUGCAGAAAUAGGCAGAGUAGCAGCCCCUGGCUCCUCAGGCAGGAGUUCCUUUCCCUCUAGAGAGCAACAGUCAGUCUAUAGUCCCCGGUCUGUUCAGUAUCAGGGGAAUUAAAGGUAUCUCAGAGCACUUUCUGGGUCUCUGUCUGUUUUGCACUAUCCCACAUCUUUUAUAUUAUAUUUUAUAAAUGCUGCUUCCCCCCAUGACAAGGGGUGGAGAAUUGACCAUCAUUAUUGCUCUUACCUUGGCUAUAGGUGCAGAGUGUUGGGUCAGUCAGAAUCCCCAUCUCAAGGGAGGCUGCCCUAGUGGUUCUUGCAGGGUCCCCACUGGUUGGUUGAUGUAUUUAUUCAUCCAUCCC